UCGAACAAGUUGCGCCGCGGACUACAAGAAAAACACUUGUCCUGAAGCGCGGCGCUGAAUCUGCCGAUCAUUGAUUGAUUGAAUUCCUAACAGUCCAAAGGACCCAAGGCCGCAGCCAUGCCGACAGUGGUACUGAUGGAUGUGUCCCUGUCCAUGACUCGCCCGGUGUCCUUGGAUGGGGUUGAGGAGUAUCAGCGCAAGAAUCUGGCUGCUCAUGGCCUGACCAUGCUGUUUGAACAUAUGGCAACAAACUACAAGCUGGAGUUCACAGCGCUGGUAGCUUUCUCAUCUCUGUGGGAGCUAAUGGUCCCCUUCACGCGAGACUACAACACACUGCAGGAAGCCCUGAGCAGCAUGGAGGAUUAUGAUAAGACUUGUUUGGAAGCAGCCUUACAGGGUGUGAACAACAUUGUCCAGCAGGAGUGGGGUGUAUCCUGCCCCUGCCAGAUUGUUCUAGUUACAGAUGGUGCUUUGGGGAUUGGUCGAGGCUCGCUGAGACACUCACUAGCCACUCUAAGGCAGCGUGGCGAGGAUAAGAAGUUUCCCCUUCCCUUCCCCUUUCCAUCCAAGUUGUACAUUAUGUGCAUCGCCAGCCAAGAAGAGCUACAAAGUACAGAUGCUCUGGACCUCUUGGAACAACUGAUCACCUUAAAUGGCAAUGAGGGCCAGAUUUUCACAGUUGAAGGGCCGCUGUGCUUGAAGAAUGUCCAGUCCAUGUUUGGCAAGUUAAUUGACCAGGCGUACUCCCCUUUCCAUGCAGUCCUGAGGUGUGGCCACCUGGCAUCAGAUGUGCAAGUCUUCCCGAGACCAGAGCCUGUGGUCACUGAUGAGGAGGUAGACACUAUCCAGAAGAAUGUCAGUUCAGAGCUGGAUAUCGUAGGAUUUGUAGAGAUAGCUGACAUUUCCAGCCCGCCAGUUCUGUCCAGGCACCUAGUUCUGCCCAUUGCUGUAAACAAGGAGGGAGAUGAGGUGGGCACUGGCAUUACUGAAGACACCGAGGAUGACAGCUCAGCCAAUCAGAUAGCUGGGAAGAGUCCCAAUUUCUGUGUCCUGCUGCAUGGCAGCCUUAAAGUGGAGGGUAUGGUGGCCAUGGUGCAGCUGGGGCCUGACUGGUAUGGGAUGCUGUAUUCACAAGCUGAUAGCAAAAAGAAGUCCAACCUGAUGAUGUCACUUUUCGAACCAGGACCCCAGCCACUGUCUUGGCUGGGCAAGGUGGCAUUACUUGGGCCAAUAUCAGAUGCUAAAGAAAACCCAUAUGCUGAUGAUGACAGUAAAAGCCCCUUUCCUCUGCAGCCGAAAAGCAAACGCAGUUACGCACAGAACGUAACAGUGUGGAUCAAACCCAGUGGCUUACAGACUGAUGUGCAGAAAAUCCUAAGGAACGCUAGGAAGCUUCCAGAGAAAACACAGACGUUCUAUAAGGAGCUGAAUCGCUUACGAAAGGCGGCCCUGGCUUUCGGAUUCUUGGAACUACUGAAAGGUGUGGCAGAGCUGCUGGAGAGAGAAUGCACGCUGCUGCCCGACACUGCGCACCCAGACGCUGCCUUCCAGCUUUCUCAUGCAGCCCAACAACUGAAAUUAGCCAGCACUGGAGACUCCCAGUAUGCAGCUUUUCACCAAAACAUUAUGCCACUUCCCACAGACUUUUCGGGAAGCAGUGGGGACAGGAUUUAAAGACUGGCUUGGCCAAUUUGUAAAUAGUAGUCUAUCAAAAUUAAAUAAAUGUUCUUUUUUUUUUUUUAA